AUGGAGUGUCGGGCAAUAGGUCAGACUCAGGUAUGUUUUUGCCUUGUUCUGCCUUCGAAGAAGCCGCAGGUGUGUCCUGGAGCUCCCGAACGGGAGGAUGAUGGUCCUAGCUACGCCUUGUUGCGCUGUGAACAACUUGAUGUCAGUAGUCAGUCGAUGACGGGGCAGGGACGCAGCCGUGCCACGCUCCAACGUUUGGAGCGGCCCUUGGAUGCCAAGGUGGUCCAGAGAUAUGUGCCCUACGCCGUCAGGAGGAAACUCAAAGAGCAGUCGGAGGCUUUGGUGCUCGGCCUGGAACCGGAAAUGCGCCGCGUCUCCGUGAUCUUCCUCUCCAUCCGAGGUUUGAAUCCUGGUGGUGUUGGCAAAGACCAGGACGUGGAACGCACACAACUGGUGGUCCAACUGCUGCAACAAGCUACCUAUGCCUUCGAAGGUAGUGUCAACAAGUUCUUGGUGGAUGAUAAAGGGAUGCUUUUGCUUUGCGGCUUUGGGCUUCCACCCUUGAAUCACUACAUCGAUGAUCCGCUCCGUGCCGUCUUAGCGGCCUCACGCUUCUGUGACACACUGGCGGAAGAGGGCUUGGAGGGCCAAUGUGGAGUGGCCACCGGCACUGUGUGGUGUGGCACCGUGGGCAGCACCAUCCGGCGUGAGUACACCGUCUUAGGGGACACGGUGAACUUGUCUGCGCGCUUGAUGGCGAAAACGGACCGAAACACCGUGCUCGUGGACGCAGAGACCUUUCGGUCUUGCCGGAGUAAGUUGUCCUUUGACUGUUUGGGCGCGAUCCACGUGAAAGGCAAGAAGGAUCAGGUCGAGGUCUAUCGCUUCAACGGACAGCUACUUCCACGUCGCGACCGAGAGCGGAAAGGGCUGACCGCUUCCUUGUUGUCUUGGGAAGAGUGGCCCACCAAGGAGGAGCUCAUCUCGGCACUGGAUCUACAACUGGAGAACGGAGGUGGCUUGGUCUUAGUCCACGGGGGUCCCGGAAGCGGCAAGACGGAGUUGGCCGCGCACGUCCGCGCCUGGGCCAACGAGCAUGACCUGACCGUGCUCGCUGGUCAAAACCAGAGUCCCACCGGGACGAUCACGGUGCCGAGGCUUUGUUGGCAGGAGGUCUUCGGGGCCUUGCUGAAGGAAGCGCGUGCCGAUCCGUUUUGGAAUCCGAAGAAUGAGUCGGCCAACGAUCGGGAGAUCUUGCGACGGCUCCUAGACGUGGCCGGCGCCACGAAGGAACUGCUGGCGUGGUUGCCCGUGCUGCGGCUAUUCUUUCCCGGGCUUUACUUUGGGCCCAACGUGGUGAACGCCAUGGUCGAACGGGACGACCUGCAUGCGACGCGGCCUUCGCGGGUGGUCACGCUCUGCAAGAUGUUGAUCAGUGCCUUUGCGAGGCACUCGACCACCAGCAACGGCACCGUGGUUCUGCUUCACUUGCGUCGUUCCACCUCCUUCUUUGGCCAAUCAGAUGACUACGAUGAGAGAAUCGUGGAUGGGAUCAUGGAGCUCACGGAGCUUCGAGGCGCCAAGCCGUUGAUCUUUUGCCUGGUCGCCCGGGAGGCGGGACUGCCCUCCAAGGCGGUUCAGCCACGUGCGAGGCAAGUCAGCGGCGAAGUGCGAGUCAACAACCUCUCGCUGGACCUCACUGAGAUGUAUGUCCAGCACAUGGUCCAAGCGACCGAGGGCGUCCACCCAGACCUCCUUCAGUACAUCUUCGAGAGCAGCGGCGGGAACCCCUACGGCACCCAGCUGGUGCUCUCGGAGCUCCAGCAGCGAGGCACCGUGCAGGUCCUCGAGGGCCGCCUGGAGAUCGAUGGCACGGGCCGCCUGCGUCAGGAGUACCCACAGGUGCUCAUUGGCAUGGCCUUGGCCACCUUUGAGAAGUUGCCUCAUCGACAGCAGGACUUG